GCGGGGACUACGCCGGGCGGUAGCUGGCGCCGAACGCGGUGGGAGAGGAGAGGGUACCCGGCUGGCUCUCCUGGCGGCCUCUGCCCGAAUCUCGGCGCCGCAUCCCUGCGCCUCUCCCGCCCUUGUCUCCGGCUCCGCGGCCCGGGCACAGCGGAGGUGGCGGCGCCGUGGGCCACCGUAUCUGGAGUAGAGCAGAAGAAAUAUUAUGCCUGUGUUCCCUUGGGACUCAUUGGACAUUCUACAGUGACAUCUUCUGGGAUUUAGUCUGUGCGUCGUCUUUGUAUCUAUGCCAAUGCAGUUAUCCAUGUGACUCCAUGUGUUUGAAGGAGUGUGCCGCCUGGUGCCUACCAUGGAAGUCGAUGUCAACGGAGAGUCCAGAAGCACCCUGGCCACGCUGCCCCUGCCGGUGGCCGAGGCGAGCUCCCCGGGCAAGGCGGAAGCGGAGAAGCCCCGCUGCUCCAGCACGCCGUGCUCGCCCAUGCGCCGGACUGUGUCGGGCUACCAGAUCCUGCACAUGGACUCCAACUACUUGGUUGGCUUCACCACUGGCGAGGAACUCCUGAAGUUAGCCCAGAAGUGCACGGGAAGUGAAGAGGGUAAGGGAGAAGCUGUGCCUUCCUUGCGCUCCAAGCAGCUGGACGCAGGACUCGCGCGUUCCUCCCGUUUGUACAAAACCAGAAGUCGGUACUACCAGCCCUACGAGAUCCCGGCGGUGAACGGCAGGAGGCGAAGGCGGAUGCCCAGCUCAGGAGACAAGUGCACUAAAUCUUUACCUUACGAACCUUACAAGGCCCUCCACGGGCCUCUGCCCCUUUGUCUUCUUAAAGGUAAGAGGGCUCACUCCAAAUCUCUGGACUACCUCAAUCUAGAUAAAAUGAGCAUCAAGGAGCCAGCGGACACAGAAGUGCUCCAGUACCAGCUCCAGCACCUCACCCUCCGAGGGGACCGUGUGUUUGCCAGGAAUAACACAUGAGCCAGGGGCAGAGAGUACCGACCAGUGUAGGUCAGCAUCCGCUUGGCUGGGAAAACCCACUGUCGUUCUCUGUACAGGACUCCUUCACAUUAUAGAUGGUUAUAUCAGCUCAGUGUUCCUGGAACCUAAAAAUUGUCUGGAUCAAAAUUUGAAUACAGGAAUGAAAUCACAGGUACUUGGGGGGAAAUCAUUCUAGAGCACGCCACUGCAAAGAAAACAGAAUGUCAGCCAUUAGUUUGAAUAGCUUUUGAGCUAGGGGGAAAAAAGGCUGUGGUACAGCGAUGCCAUCUUUAUGAUUCGGACACUCAAAUUGGGAAUGUUAUCUGCUUGGUUGUUGCUGACUUGGUAUGAUUCAUUAGAAAUUUAUAUCUUUAAGUACUCAAGUACUUCUUUAAUCUCUGUAUUUUACUAUACGAUGUAUGUAAUGAUUUGUUUUAUGAAAUUUAGAACUUGAACAUUGCUGAAUUGGACCACUUUUUAUUUUUAAAUAUUGAGUUUAAAUAUUUUAUAACUGGUUUUGCACUGAAAAAUUUAACAUUUCAGAUUGACAAGAGAAUAAUCUUUCUUCACUUGCCUCAAUAAUACUGUUGAGCAGUGGAUUUUUUUAUUUCCGCAUGGAAAGUUAUGGAUCUCUAUGGCUGUAAAAUAUUUCUUUAUAGCAUUAUUAAAGUGUGUCUUAAUACAAUUAAAUUUGGGAUACAAAGUAUUUAUUUUACAAUGGGAGGGGGGAAACUUUUCCAGAAAGUUUCCAAUAUGAAGUUUUCAUAAGUUAAAAAAAGGUUCCUUAGUGCUUACGUUCUAAGUUAAAAAUUCAUCUGGAACUUUAAAAUAGAGAGGAUUCUUUUAAUUGCGGAUGAUAGGCAUAAUACUGUUUGCAUCUGAAUGUUCUGUAAGUGAAUGAAACUUUUAGUAGAAGGACUCAUGAUUUCUACUAUCGAAUGCUUAAACUAAGUAUGGAGUGAUACCAUUCAGCAUGGCAUCCAGGUCAUUCUAGUUUUAGUUCUGUGCAGCUCAAGCGCUCGUUGAAAUUCCAGUUUCUAGGAUUAGUGUGGGAGCCUAAAGUGCUUCUGCAGUUUUAAUGGGUUAAUCCUGGAUUACUUAACAAUUUGUGUCAAUUGCACUGGUUUAAUUUGUUGCUAAAGGAAUAACGCCCUGGCUUUAGUAACAAAUACAGCUCAACUAUUCUUGAAUAUAUUUUGAGAAAAAUGUAUGUAACUUAACCUUUUGUAAAAGUUUCUAUUUCUUUUUUUUCUUUUUUGACUCUUGAAGGUGCAAUUUAUUACCGAAUUGGCAUUUCUGGCAGCAUAGAACUGCUUAUUUUAAAUUUUAGUUUGGGGGCUGUGAGUUUCUUAGGUGUUAGCAGUCUUGCUUAUAAAAUAAGAACACCUUUUAUUAACGAGUGGGUCAUUCUUGGCGCAGAUAUGACUUUCCUUUAAUGAAUGGCAAACUCUGUUUAGAGCAGAAUAAGUAUUAGAAAACCCGAGGAACUCUUAAUCAACAUUUAUUAGACUUUCACUGAGGCAAACCGUGUGAAAGCGCCUUGGGGAAAUUGACCCCUAUCUUACUGAAUUGAUCAGAUUUCUUGGUGGGCUGGAAAUUUUCAGCUGUUGUAUAUUUUAAAGUAAAUUGCACCUUUGUAACAUAAUUGUAUUGACGAAUGAUCACUAAGAUUAACUAUCUAUACAGUCAUUAGUUUGACAAGAAAUAGAAUCCUGUCAGAUGCCAAAGAGUUGGGAUUUUUACGUUUAAUGAUUAAACAUCGUUAUUUAUUGAUGAUUUACCCUGUGGAACUGUAUUAUUUCUAACUAUGAAAUAAAAGGGUGAUGUAAACACACAUCGUUGUGUGGUGCUUUAAACAAGGUCCAUCAUCUACAGGCUAGUUACUGUUCAGGAAUUGCGCCUAAGGACUUAUUUUUAGGCCCCAUUUUUGUAAAAAAAAAAAAAAAAUUAUUUUUGGUGCUCAUUUGCAUUUUAGGGUAAAGGAUAUAUUCAUGGCAAUGGUAUGUAUUCAGUCCAUGAGAAAACACGGCUGUGUACCUAUGAGAUCUGUCCCCUGCCCAUGCACCUAAGUACUUUGUUGAGCUAAAUAAAAAUGUGUAGCUCUU